AAGGUUCCAUUAGCGAAUACAGAGAGCGACAACAUUAAGGUGCAUGGCACCGAGGGCGAAGCCCAUAUAAAACCUUCUGUACAAACUGAGCCACCAAAAGAACAAGAAGAAAAGAAGCCAGAUGUACUUUCAAUAACGAACCAAGAGCUUAUUGCAAAGUUCGUGAAUUUCAUUGAAAAGCAAACCGAGUCAAAGAACCCUGACCCACCAGUGAAAGAAGUCGAGACAAAAGAGAAUGUACAGUUCAUUGAAAAUGUCAAGAAACAACUUCCACCACGAAUACCAAGAAGAAGAGUGAGAAUAAUGAAGUAA